AUGGACAACCGCAGGAAGAAUCCGGCGAAAGUCGGACGGCGUCUUUUCAUCGGUGGAACGGCUGCAGGACUCGUCGCGGCGCCGGCGAUCGUGUCGGCGCAGAACGACUGGCCCAACAAGCAGAUCCGGGUCGUCAUUCCCUAUCCGCCGGGCGGGCCCUCCGACGUCACCACCCGCAUCGUGCUGGAGCGCGCGGGAUCGAUUCUGGGACAGAGCAUCCUGUUCGACAACAAGGCCGGCGCCAGCGGUGCGAUCGGUGCCGAGCACGUCAUCAAGAGCGCGCCGGCCGACGGCUACACUUUCCUGACCACGACCACGGCGAUGGUCUGCAUCACCGAGCACCUGCAGCCGCUGCCUUAUGAUACGUCGAAGGACCUCGUGGCGGUGGCCCGCACCGCGACCUCGUGGAUGGGCAUGGGCAUCAACCCGCAGGUGCUCGAGAUUCAUCACCACGGCGUGCGCAUCGAUGCCGGCGACAAGACGAUCGAAGACCUCAAGAAUUUCUACACCGGCGUGCUUGGUCUGGAGCACGACACCGGCCGUCCGGAGAUCCCGGGCAUUCCCGGCAUGUGGAUCAACAUCGGCGAGGUGGGCCAGAUUCACCUGAUCGGCGGCGACGUGCCUUCACGCUUCGCCCAGGGGCCGGGCAAGGACCCGACCUCGCCGCAUGUGGCGCUCGCGGUGGAAGACAUCGUCGAGACGAAGGCCGAACUCGACCGGCUGGGCGCGAACUACUGGUCGCUGAAAGGCGCAACGGGCCCCGAUGCCGAGCAGCUCUUCCUCAACGAUCCGUGCGGCAACAUGGUGGAGCUCCACCAGUUCGACAAAUGCCGCUGCCGUCUCAAGAGCCGCGUGAAGGCGGCCUAG